GGCCUACAUUCUGUUUUAUGUGGAGCGUCAGGCCAGAGCUGGAGCAGAAAAACUGUAAUACCUCCUGACCAUGAGUCAUCAACUACACCGGACAACAUUUCCAUUUUCCAUAAAUACUUGAUCCAAGAGUCAAAUUUCAGACUUUCAGGCCCUCUGAACAUAAGCCGAACCACAGAUGGCUUCGAGUAAGUCUGGAUCCUGACACCCGCCCUCCCCACCCCGAGCUUCAGCACCAGUUGUUGGCCAAAAAUAAACACCAUUCCUCAACCAUAUAUGUCCACCAGUCCUGAUCUGGGGAGGAAGCAGGAGGCAGGUCAGACCCUUUCUGGGCAUUCACGUGCGGCCACCACUCACCAUGCACAUAACCCAGCUCAAUCGGGAGUGUCUGCUGUGUCUCUUCUCCUUCCUGGACAAGGACAGCCGGAGGAGCCUCUCCAGGACUUGCUCCCAGCUCCGAGAUGUGUUUGAGGACCCCACCCUCUGGCCCCUGCUGCACUUCCAUUCUCUCGCAGAGCUCAAGAAAGACAACUUCCGGCUGAGCCCUGCGCUGCGCAGCCUGUCCAUCUGUUGGCAUUCCAGCCGUGUGCAGGUGUGCAGCAUCGAGGACUGGCUCAAGAGCGCCCUCCAGAGGAGCAUCUGCAGCCAGCACGAGAGCCUGGUUAAUGAUUUCCUCCUGCAGGUGUGCAACAGGUGCCCCAACCUGACGUCCGUCACGCUGUCGGGCUGCGGCCACGUCACGGACGACUGCCUGGCGCGCUUGCUGCUCAGCUGCCCGCGCCUGCGUACGCUGCGCCUCGAGAACUGCGCGCGCGUUACCAACCGCACGCUGGCGGCCGUGGCCGCGCACGGGCGCGCGCUGCAGACUCUGCACGUGGACUUCUGCCGCAACGUGAGCGCCGCCGGCCUGCUCCGCCUCCGCGCCGCCUGCCCGAACCUGCGCCUCAGCGCCGAACGCAGCGCGGCCAUGAUACCCGAUCAGCCGCCGCGCGCACGCGUGUGCGCUGCCUCAGCUUUCUCGGCUGCACCGGGGAGACAAAGCAUGCCUCACCCCACGGGCUCCUACUGAGGAUGCGCGCGCGCGCUAUUAAAGGAGAGGAUGCAUGUAAAACUCUGGGUUUCUCUUUAAACGUCUGCCCCGUCGCGGCGCGCUGACUCGCCGUAGCGCCGGGGCUGCUUUCUAAGCUGGCGAGGAACCUGCGAAUGGCUGAGGGGAGAACCCGAAAUGAGAGUCUCCCUGGCUGCUCACUGCCAGACCGUGCGAGAUGCACAAGCCAUUCUAGAAAACUCACUCCUGUCCCUGCAUGACUGAUAGUUACUAUUAUUUCUCCUGUUUCUCACAAGGGAAAAAAAAGCAUCACUUUUAAAAAGCCAGUAUUUAAAGUAGUAGCCAUAGUUAAAAGUGCUUAGAUAGGGAACCAUUUUUACUUGAUGCAAAAAAUGAGACUAGUUUUUCUGGCCUGAGUCUGGACUUCUAGGUCAACUUCACUUUAGUUGCCAAGACCCUGUGGCCACGGCCCUCUCAGUUCACCCAGCAGCCUCCCUCUCUAGGCAGGGGAUGGGCAAGCAGGUUAAAUGAGCACAGCUAGGGGGUGGGGAAGCUCAGCCAGGCUUCUCUGGCUGCCAUCUAUAAUCAAGACUCCUUCGUUUAUCUGCAGCCAGAUUCUUUUUUUUUUUUUUUUCUUUCAGAUUUCUGUGACAUGGUUUCCCAAUCCCUAUCCACAGGUUCCUUAAUUUAUUGCCCAAAUGGAAAACAAGAAAAAGACAAUUUUCUGUUCUGUUCGCGUGGAACCCCUAUUCUAGGGAGACAAUAAUUGGUACAAAAGAAGGCUUGUGGGGUGGGUGGGGAUAACCAAACUAAAUGUCAUGGAGAAGGUUGACACUUGAGCCAUGAAACCAGCCAGGGAGCCAAGCAAGCCAUAUGGAAAGUGCUACAGUCCAAGAAACUGCAGGGCACCAUACUGGAAGCAUUCGAGGGAUGUGCGACAGCAGUGAGAUCAGCAUGGCUGAAGCAGGGAGAGGAGUAGAGAACCAGAUGGAGGGAAGUGUAAAGGACAGAUUAUGAGGAGGAUAAAAUGAGCCCUUGGAGGUAACCGCAUGCCAGCAGGAGCCAGACCACCAAACAGCGAAAGUGUGUGAAGUUCCACUGAACAACAUUCAGGCACGUGUGGCAGGCAUAGCCUCCAAGGCCCUGGGGACUGCUGAGGGACUUUCCUGCUGCUGCCAGGUUCUGAGCUGUGGCAGUGCCUCACCCAGAAUCAGGGUACACAAGUCGUGGCCUGGUGUAAUGCCUUCUAAUCUUUGGGAAAGCUCCCAGUGGAGUGUUCCAACUGUGCUGACGAUGUUCCCACUGGCAGGCAUAGCUCAGCAAGCACAUGCCACCUUCAGGGAAGGUGGGUAAGCCACUAACCCUUUACUGACAGCAAAACCAGAGAAAACUGGGCUCUAAUUUCCCAGAUCUGUAAAGGGAAGACCAAAUGGUCCCCAGGCCCCUUUUUGCCUGCUCUCCCAAUAAAUGUCCAACACAUACUUUUUUGCUAAAUACUGAGCUUGGCAGACACAGAGCUUCAUCUGACAAAGGUCACAUGUUCAUGGACAUCUGGGAAAAGCUUGGUUUUUGAAGGUAGAGGGUUUAUGUUUUCUUGAGACUGAUUAAGGACAUAAGUUGGCAAGUAUUUGUUAACUGAACGAGGCCAGCAAUUAAGGAAAUACACAAGUCUCUACAAGGCAAACCAAAUCCCUGCCCUGAGACCCAAUGGCUGGCUGCUCUACAGAUAAGGAACACUAGUCUUCAAGAAUCAAGAAGAGGAAAAUAAAAACACAAACAAACAAAAACUCAAAGCAAGCAUGCAGGUUUCCAGCUAAGAGGCAGCAUCACCAUGCUAUCUGCAUCUCUGCAGACCUGAGACAAGUGGGUUUGUCGGGCACCAUCUUACUAGAGUGCUCCCACAGUCUCCAGGCAGAGCAAAUCUUCUGUCAAAGGCCCAGAUCCGGUUAAGGCAUUAUUCUCAAUGGCAAUAAACUGAAGCCUGCAGACUGCUUGUCACUAGGACAAAGCCUAGAGGCACAAGCAGGGCCUUCCUACCUCAAGUCCAGAAUUAAGGGCAUAUCUUUAUUUAGAAGUCUCCGGUGCCCCCCAGAGACUUGAAUCUUUUUCUAGGGAACCAAUUCCAUAUGAAAACUUCAAUAAAAUGAUGCCUGGAUUCUCAGCUUUAUCAGGGAUGUUCCUUCAGAUUUGGAAAGACAAGCACUCGCCUUUCCACUGGUAAACUUGCCUUCCCGUUUCUCUGCCUGGUACCUUAUUUGAGCAGGCUGUCAGCAAUGGCCUUUUCAUUGAGUCCACAGGAAGCAGCCUGUGACACAGAUUAGAUGGGAGGAAAAGAGACAAGCUGCCUACUGACCUCCAAUGCUUUCUGGUACACUGCAGCAGGAGCCUCACAGCAAGGGGGCUCCUCUUUCCCACCACCCGGCAUACUCAGCUGGCACUCUUGGACAGAUGAGCAACUGCCACUGACCACAAGGGCUGGGUUAAACACCAAGUGGGGCUCUGUCUCAGUCCCUCAUCCACACACUAACCCUUGUAUGAAUGUACACUGUCAGCCACCCAUCCACUCACUGAUGCAUGUGCACAGCUGUCUCUUUUGGACCACUGUCCCCUUUGCUGUCCUUUGGUACAUUGGCACAGAGGUGCUGCCUCACACCAGCCAUGCUUGAGGCUCUGCUGUAGGCCGGGAUGCCAGCAGCACAAGGGGAGGGAGGUGUGAGAGCCCCGGCUCCUCCUCGGUAGGUAUCCUUUUCAGAAGAAAUCUGUCCCCAGUUUCUGAAUGGCCCAGAGAGCAAGGUGACACUGGCAGACUGCAAAGCUCACUCUGUUUGGGCUCAUGUCUGCUUCAACUUCUAGCCUAGGCACCCCUGGAUCAACAACAGCGGCCCCACUCUGAUUCCUGAAUCUGCUUUAUUUCUCUGCAUAAGGAACCCUGCACAGGCGAAUCAAACUAAAACAAAAUAAAUAUAUGAAUAUUCAUGUAAAACUGUCCUUUCUAAUGAACAAUUAUACACAAUGUACAAUUUCAUGUUCACUGGGUGGGCUUACAAAAAUGUAUCAUUCUCAACUAAAAAUACACCAAAAUGGCUCCAUGCAAACUUAUCCACAGUGACCAAAAAAUACAGAGGAAAACCUGACUGAGCAGUUUCUGCUCUUUGUUUUGUACAAUCACAGAAAAAUAAAACCAUCUAAUUUCUUUGUUUCAUUUGAA